UGUUGCAUUUCUUUCCAGUUGGUCUCAAUCAACAUAUACUGACAUUUUGUGUGGUCUCUAUCAACUUUGACAGAAAUCUUGCGUGUUACAUCAUGAUUAAACCUACAAGUGUAUACGUAUUUCUCCUUGUUAUAUUGGUAUGCAACCACUCCUCAACUGCUGCCCAGUGUAAAUCAGCAUGUAAAUGUGUUGACGAAAAAAUUGCAGAAUUGAAAGGCAAUCUAGGAUAUGUUGGUUGUUUUUUUGACAAUGGUAACAGACAUUUCGAUACAUUGAAACUUGUCAGCAUGGAAAUGACUCUUAAAAUGUGUCGGGAGCAAUGCCGUGGGUAUAUAUAUGUAGGACUACAGAAUGGUAACGAAUGUUUCUGUGGCAACACACUGGAUGUUACCAAUUAUCCGCCUAAGCUAGAUGCGGAAUGCAAUCGUGAUUGUUUUGGUGAUCCCAGCAGGAAGUGUGGAGGAUCUUGGAGGGCGUCCAUCUAUACAGUUAAUAUUUGAGUUUGAAGAGAUAUAAAAGAUCAGCCUGCAGGUUUCUGACUUUGCUGCACCUUUGCUACCUUUGCUGACUUUGCUGUACUAUUGCUGAUUUUGGUGCACCUUUGCCGACUUUGCUGCACCUUUGCUGACUUUGCUGCACCUUUGUUGACUUUCCUGCAUCUUUGCUGACUUUGCUGCACCUUUGUUGACUUUGCUACCUUUGCUGACUUUGUUGCACCUUUGCUGACUUUGCUGUACUAUUGCUGAUUUUGCUGCACCUUUUCCGACUUUGCUGCACCUGGAUAACUUAUUUAUUUGACAAAAAAAAACAAUUUAACAAACUUAUGUAAGAAAAAAGCAUUACUAAUGAAACCAACUGUCUUCCAAUA